AUGGUGGAGACCAAAAACAGAGCUGAAAGAGACAUGAGAGACAGACUGCUGCACCUCCAUCAGCUGCAGACUGACACUGAGGGUUUCAACACAAUAGAGCUGGAUAAUUUCUCCGAGCGUAGUGUAGAUGGAGCAACAGCAUCAUCCUCAUCAUCACAUCAAGACCAGGAACUGGAUGGUGUUCUUCAAGAGGCAAAUCUGAUUCGUCUUGAAAUCCAGCAGAUCCAGAAUGACAUCAGUGAGCUGAAAGAUGUGAACUACCAGACAUUAAACCAGACCUCAUACACAAACGCCACAAAGAGGGACUCCAAUGAUAUAGGGGCAGAUAUUAAACGCAGGGGUGAAGAUGUACUGAAGCAGCUGCACAUGAUGAGUGACCUCAGAAGGGAACUGGAGGAACAGCGCGGCACCUCUGACCCCACAGCUCGCAUUGCUCAUACACAGUACCAGUGUCUCAGCAACGCUCUGCGGGAGGUGAUGUUCAGCUACAAUGACACCGAGAUGAACCACAAAGAGGCCUGUAAACGGCAGAUCCAGAGGCAGAUGGAGGUCGUGGGCAGGGAGGUCAGCGAGAGGGAGCUGGAUGAGAUGAUGGAGAACGGGGAGCUGAAUGUGUUCGGCCUUCAGGUGGAAGGCAAAACGGCUCGCUCUGCUUUCCUGCAGAUCGAGAGCAGACACAAGGAGCUGCAGGAGCUGGAGAAGAGGGUUCAGGGGAUCCAGGAACUGUUUCUGGAUGUGGCCAUGCUCGUAGAGAAUCAGGGGGCAGGCAUUGACAACAUCCAGAAAAAUGUUCAAAACACUGACGUGCUUGUUCAGGAGGCUGCAGGAAAACUUGAGAGAGCUACUCAAUCUGAUAAAAACAAUCCGCUGAAGAAGCUGUUCUGUGGCUGCUUCCCAUGUUAUUACAAUUAG